AUGCAUCGUGUGGCCACCCAUUAUGGGGUCUGUGACCACUUCGCCGGAAAUACGGAAUGGGAGGGGGCUGACUGGCAGGACGAGAAACAGAUGUGGCGAGUGAGACUAAGGGAUCUGCAAACAGGAGACCGGUUUACGCAAGAGUGUCGGAUUCUCAUUUCCGGCGUUGGAGCCCUUGUUAAUCCCCGAAAGAUGGACAUAGAGGGGUCCGAGACGUUUGAGGGGACCGUCAUACAUACCGCUGAAUGGCAACAAGAAGUUGAUCUUCGGGAUAAGCAUGUAUCUGUAAUUGGCAAUGGAGCAUCUGCAAUACAACUGGUGCCGGAGAUAAUCAAGGAAGCCAAGUCUAUCACGCAGUUUAUGAGGAGACGCAUUUUCGACCGGGCAUACGUUGCGAGUCUGCACCAAGAUAAGUUGACUCUCACAAAUGACCCAAUCGUGCAAAUAAAACCCACCGCUAUCGUGACCAGCUCGAAAGAAGAGGUUUAUACCGACAUCAUCAUUCUCGCUACUGGCUUUGCCUUGACGCAGUAUGACACCGAAAUAAUAGGCCGCCACGGAAAGACGCGAGAGCAGCACUGGAAAGAGACAGAUGGGAAAGCCACCUUCAAAACAGUGGCGAUGAGUGAAUUCCCAAACUUUUUCUAUAUUCUAGGACCAAACUCGGGCCGCAUCUAUACUUCGACCAUCGCUACAAUUGAGAGACAAGUUAGUUUGGUAAUAAAUGCCAUCCGACCGAUUAUACUAUGUCAUGCCUCUUCGGUAGAAGUGAGGACUAGCGAAGAUAAGCAGUACCAAGACAGUCUGGCUCACGCGCUGGACAACACCAUUUAUACCCGGUCCUGCUCUGGUGUAGGUCUUACUUCUACCAAGGUCAAAUAA